UCAGGGAAAAUGACUAAUCACCAUGUGUGGCUGCUAGUGCUGAUUUCAUCCAAUAUUGUGAGUGGGAAUGCAGAUCAGAAACCACCACAAGGUUUUAGAUAUGCCUCUUAUGAGGUGACCAUCCCAAAGAAAUUGACCCCCAGAUAUGGAGAACAAAAUCCCCACGAUGUCACGUACCUAUUGCAAAUUGAGGGGAAAGAGCAUGUGAUUCAUCUCAAGCAAAAGAGGGGCUUUGUCCCUAAACAUUUCCCUGUCUUCACUUACAGUAAGGAAGGGGACCUCCAGAUGGACUAUCCUUUCAUCAGAGAUGACUGCUUCUACCGUGGCUUUGUACAAGGCAAGCCUUCCUCUUGGGUCACCCUCAGUACUUGCUCAGGGGGCCUCAGGGGUCUGCUGCACUUAGAAAAUGGCACCUAUGAAAUUGAGCCUAUUCAGGCAUCUACUACUUCUCAGCACAUGGUAUAUAGGUUGGAAGAAAAAGAGGAUGCUAUCCAUAUGAAGUGUGGGCUAACAGAGGAAGAACAACGUCGUCAAGAGGCCAUGAUCCCGGAGAGAGAGCAUUUACCAGCCAAACGUUCUGAAAAUGACUGGUGGACAGACUCCAGGUAUGUAGAAGUUGCAAUUGUGGUGGAACAAAAACUAUACAUCCAGCUUGGGAGAAAUCAAACUUUGACCAGUGCACGUGUUCUAGAGAUAGUCCAUACUGCCAAUGCAUUCUAUAAGCCUCUUGGUGUUGUCUUGUCUGUAGCUGGCUUGGAGAUAUGGUCAGAAAAGAACCUCAUACCAAUUGCUGAUAAAAUGUCACAAUUACUUGAAACUUUCAAUGCUUGGAGAAAAAACACACUAAAUAAACAUUUACCUAAUGAUGCUGGUCACUUAUUUGUACAUAAACUGUAUGGACAGACAGCUGGAUUAGCAUUCAUAGCAACAAUUUGUAGCUCUCACUGGGCAUCUGGUGUUGAAUCUUAUGUGGGUUACAGUGUGUCCUUUUUUGCUGUACUUUUUGCCCAUGAAUUAGGACAUAAUCUUGGCAUGCAACAUGAUGAAACAUACUGUACUUGUGAACAAAAAUCCUGCAUCAUGGCUGCUUUUCCAGAUGAAGUUGAUCAGUUUAGCAAUUGCAGUUAUAACUAUUAUUACAAACUAAGGAACUCUAACUGCUUGCUCACUCCACCAACAGCUGAUAAAAAUAAUAAUCUCAAUUAUUGUGGCAAUGAAAUAGUGGAAGAUGGAGAGCAAUGUGACUGUGGCUCACCAGCUAAGUGUAAGUCAGAUCCAUGUUGCCAAUCUAAUUGUAGGCUGAGUCCAGGUGCCACUUGUGCUUUUGGACAGUGCUGCACUAAGUGUCAGUAUCUUCCAGCUGGAACUAUUUGCAGAGAGAAAACUAGCAACUGCGAUCUUCCUGAGUACUGCAACGGGUCAUCACAAUUUUGUCCUGAAGAUGUUUAUAUACAAGAUGGUGCCCCAUGCGAUAGUGCUGUACACUGUUAUCAUGGGAAUUGCGCUACUCACAGUGAGCAGUGUAAAAUGAUCUUUGGCAAGAAAGCAUCAGCUGCUUCAGACAAUUGCUUCAGAGUAAUGAAUGCUCGUGGUGAUCGCUUUGGCAACUGUGGCCUGGGACUUGGAACUUACAAGAAAUGUAAUGCUGAGAAUGGCUUGUGUGGACAAAUCCAGUGCGCUAACGUGCAGAAACUUCCUUCUUUGGUGGAACACCGCACCAUAAUUCAAACCUCAAUUGGCAGUACCCAAUGCUGGGGUAUAGAUUACCACUUUGGAAUGGAGAUAAUCGAUAUUGCAGCAGUGAGAGAUGGCACCCCUUGUGGGACUGGGAUGUUGUGCAUUAAUAGGGAAUGCAAGAGCAUGUCCCUCUUGAAGUAUGAUUGUAAUGUGUCAAAGUGCCAUAAUCGGGGAAAAUGCAACAACCACAAACAUUGUCAUUGUGAUUAUGGCUGGGCUCCUCCUGACUGUCUAAAUAAAGGCUACGGUGGCAGCAUUGACAGUGGACCAACUCCACAAGGCAUGAGUGGUAUCGUGAUAGCAAUUAUUGUAGGAACUGCUUUUGUCAUUUUUGCUGCUAUUGGCCUGACUUUGUUUUACAGGACUAUACUGCUAUAUCGCUUAAGAAGACUGAUUUCAAGAAUCCAUCCAAUAGAAUCAAUGCAGGAAGGAAGCACACAGUAGA